AUGAGUCUUAGAGCCGGUAUCGUGGGCCUACCUAACGUUGGCAAAUCAACGCUUUUUAAAACGUUAACUAAGCUCUCAGUUGAAAUUGCUAACUAUCCUUUUGCCACCAUUGAGCCCAAUGUCGGGGUAGUGGAAGUGCCUGAUCAACGUCUUAACCAGUUGGCUCAAAUCGUUAAGCCAAAGCAAACGUUGCCGGCCAUUUUUGAAUUUACCGACAUCGCUGGUUUAGUCAAAGGAGCUAGCCAAGGCGAGGGGCUAGGGAACCAGUUUUUAAGCAACAUUCGCGAAGUAGAUGCGAUUGUUCACGUCGUGAGAUGUUUUACCGACCCAAGCGUGAUUCAUGUCGCUAACCAAGUUGACCCAGUUUUAGACGUUCAAAUAGUCAAUUUGGAGUUAAUCCAAGCUGAUUUAGAGAGCGCCAAAAAAAUUCGGGCUCGACUGCACAAAAAAGCUCAAUCAGACAAAAAAGUCGCCCUUGAGUUCAACUUUGUGGAAAAGUUAAUUUUUCACCUUGGCCAAGACCAAAUGGUUCACGACCUGGAUGUCAGCGAGAUCGAAAAGGGUUGGCUGAAAAGCUACCACCUUUUGAGCGCUAAACCGGUUUUGUACCUAGCCAACGUGGACGAGCAGCAUUUAGCUAAUCCCGAACAAUCUAAGCCUUUCCAGCGGUUAAAAAGUUAUUUAGAAUCGUCUGGCAACCAAGUUUUGGCACUUUGCGUUCAAGCCGAAAGCGACUUGGCUGACUUAGAAGGGCAGGAAAAAGACGAAUUUUUGACUCAACUAGGCGUCCAAACGAGCGGGGUGGAUAAAUUAAUUCAAGCUAGUUACGCCUUGCUUAACUUAGCGACUUUUUUUACCGCUGGUCCCCAAGAAGUGCGAGCUUGAACCUUUAAACAAGGCAUGAACGCCCAAGCUUGUGCGGGCAUUAUCCACAGCGAUUUUUCCCGCGGUUUUAUUCGCGCCGAAGUAGUUGGUUUUGAAGAUUAUUUAGCCGCUAACGGUUGGUCGGGAGCCCGAACAGCUGGCAAAGUUAGUCAGGAAGGUAAGAGCUAUUUGAUGAAGGACGGAGACGUGGUGUUAUUUCGUUUCAAUGUCUAG